AAAGCAGCUGUUAGAGUUGCACCAUCCGAUUUAAAUAACUCUUCUGUGUAUGUGUUGUUUUUUGUGAAAAUGUAAAAAUUGUCUGAUUAACAUUCACAUAAAAGGGGGAGGGUUAUCUUUCCCUAGCGGUUUUGUAUUACCCCGGCUGUUUCUGUCAUAAGCAGUCUACCGUAAUCCUAGAGUUUCCUCACUCUUCACUCUCUUAUAGAGUAAUCAUAAGAAGCAUAGCAAGGGGGUUCGACUAUGUCUUGUCUUUGGGUGCGACGACCCCACUUUUUACCCCAGCCAAGUAAGUAAGUAAGGAAUCACCUGCUCCCUAUUUCCACAUUUUGUGCUCCCUAAAUUCCAUUUAUGCUCCCUUUUUUCAUGCGUACGAUUGGAUUUAGGGAUCAUGCUCCCUAUGUCCAAGAAUUUAGGGAGCAUGCUCCCUAAAUUCCACUUUUUGCUCCCUAAAUCCACUUCGUGGUCCCUAUUUUCAAUUUCAGUGCUCCCGAAAUCCAAUUUGUAUUUUAAUAAUGGUAGCUUCGAGCAUGGACGAAUUGUGUUAGUCAAGGAACUAAAGGGUAAGGUAAGGUUAUGUAAAUAACUGGCUACAUAUAUAGGAUUUUUGUUCCUAAUUGAAAGCUUUAUAUACAUUAUUCUUUGUAUUUUCGUUCUCACUGGGUAACAAGUGGAGUCUCAAUAUAUCCAGUGUUGUAACUAUUUCAAAUUUAUAGCUAGUCAUGUAUUAUAGCUAGAGGCUAGCUAGCUAGAAAUGAAUGAAAAUGUAUUUUUAGCAAGCUAUCCAUAUCUACAGAGUUUAGUAAGUCAUUAUUAAAUGUUUAUCUUGCUAGCUAGCUACAUUUCAGACCUCACUCAAAUAUAGCUACGCUAGAAAGCAAUUCAAAUCAAGCUGUUAGCUAUUAUAUUUUAAGCCUUAGAAAUGUGCAUAUUUUAUGUCUAGUCUCACAAAUAUUGAGAGAUAUACCCUGUCUAUUAUUUCCAGGGAGGGUUGGAGGGACAUGGCUUUGAUUUGUGAUUGGGAGUCCUGGAGUAUUUAAUGCUCAUUUCGAGCUACGCAGUCCCAAUUAGGUUCCGUGCUCUGCUAGACAACUCCCUGCAAGACCCAACAGUCCACACAGUGUGCCAUCUCCCCAAUUUCCCUCGCGUGGCUUGGCUUAACCCAGGCUAUGGUAACAUUCACUCUCGCCCAUAUAUUGAAUCGCCGACAAUGGGAACCAAACCCCGGUCUCCCCGCACAAAGUGCAAGAGUUAUAACCACUAGGCUGCGGGGCCACAGUCUUUGAUUUUUGGUUCUGUAAACUACUACUGACAUUGAAGAUGCAGUGAUAAACAGUUAUUUGAUAAAUCCAUAAUGGCAGACUUAUUUGUGACAUUUGGCCUUACACUAUGUGGAUUUAUAGUUUUUGUUGCUUAUUUAAGCCAAGGGAAAACGUUUUAACGAAAUAUUAGAAGGCAGCAGAAAUAAACGGGACUAUACUGUGGAGAAUAAAAUACAAUGUUGAUGUCUUGUGCGGGAUAUCUCGUCAUUAAAAGAUUGUCUUUAGUAAUCGCUGUAUAUACACCAUUACUUCCAUCGCAAAACAGUUGUGGUCUCUUUUAGUCCAGUUCAAGUCACUGCCUCAUAUAUUAGGUGUACAAUAGGUUUUGUGUAUAUAUAGGUUUUGGUUAUAUUAUGUUUAUGGACUUGUGUUUAGUUACAACUGCUUCUUAGGACUUCUUGUCAGUGUAGGAUGGCUCAAACAAAACAAAGUACGACAUAAAUAAAAGUAGAAAUAGAAGUGCUUCACACAUUACAUGUGACAAUGAUAGGUCUGCGAAACAUUUACCACGCAGGACGAUUUGUUCCUUCUUGUCUGCGGGUAUUUUUCCUUAAAAAAUCAAAUACAUGCCAUGUUGCUGUCAUGGUAUCAUUUUCCACCUGGUCUUUGGUGUUGUACGAGCCCUGGUAUACAAUGCAUGCCUUUUAACAUAAACAAUAUUGGAUUUGGGGGAGGGGGGCCUGUCUACUUAACUUGUAGGGACAUUUUUCCUUUUACAACAAAAGUUUUCUCAAUAUAUUUGUGGAGGGUUGUAGGUCAAAGGAAUUGCUUGGCCUACUGAACUUUUGCAAUAACAAACAAUAUUGUGUAGCAAAAGGAUUAUUGUUUUUUAAAUAUUGAGUAAAUUGCUUCUAAAAUGAUUAUAGGCACCCAGCUAAUUAUUCCAUGUGAAUAAUAAAUCUAUUUAUGACAAUGAUUACCAGGCCUUAUUUUAAGGCACAAGAAAAAACGUAUAUAAUACCUUUUCAAAACUAAUAUUUGAAAUGAGUUAUGUUUUUGUGCAUUUUGUAGCGUGUAACUGUAGCUCUCUAUACCACAUUGCUGAUGAAAAAUGUAAGGAUAUUCAACCAGAGUUAGCUAUUGCUUGAAUUGUACUUUUUAGAAAUUCUCAAAAUAAGUUAUAUAAAAACAAGGAAUAUGAUUAAAAAAUGCAAGGGCAAAUUACAGCUUCCCCAAGAGAAAGGUGAAAUAAAUAACCAGAAAGCUGGUCUUGUUGAGUCAUUAGUUAGUGCUGUGGAAAAUCAACAAGACAACAAUAAAAUUGAGAAACCUGCUUUGAAUUCUACUGGAAAGGGUAUGUCUUUCGUCAUGGUUUAUGUGAUGAAGCAUAAGACAGCGUCGACCUCUGGCCCGGUUGUUCUUGCUUUUUCCACUUCACUAUACAACGACUGCAGAGUGUACAUUGAUAAAAUUCGAAAUAAGAUUCCAGGUGUUGGAGUGGAACCCAGCGAUUUGGUUUUCAUCAGUUGGAGUGGUAGGCAAAUGACUUCAUCUAUGAUCGGUGACCAAUUCAAUGCAUUUUUUCAACGUGCUACUACAAAAAAUCUUUUGGAAAGAAAUAUAACGGCAACGCUAGUACGCAAAUCUUUCGUAUCUACCGUGCAUUCGUCUGUUCCUGGGUUAAAGCGCGACUUAUCGAACAUGAUGUGUCACAGCGAAGAUACCGCAGCUAAAUCUUAUUUUCUUCAGGAAAAAACAAAAAAUGUAGCUCAAACAUUUAAGCGAAUGCAUAGCGCCAUGAGGUCAUCAUCUUCAUCUAUGAGUAGCGAAGAAAUUGAGAGGAAAAUUACCGAAAUCUUUAAAGAUGUUUUGUCAUCAGAUGCUACCAUAACUUUGUCAUCAGUACGAGAGAAAAACGAUCUGUUGGUGAAUAUUCCAUUGACCGAAUAUCAAAUUCGCGACAAAUUAAGAUACAUUGUAGAAAACCAAAAACUGAGUAGGAGGGGAAAUCAAACUUUAAAUUACGAGGAAGACGUUUUACCUCCAACAGAUGAGCUUGGGCCUCCUGAAGACUCAGAUAGCUCUGCGCAUGAUGAUCAUUCUAAAUAUGAGUUCUCUGCUGAAUGUCGGUCACGUACAUUGUAUCUUCCAAAAGAAGAGAUUGCCAUACGUAAAGCUUUUAAAGAAAUUAUAAGGCCGUUCUGCUGUAGAACGCAUUUUAAAAACGAUCGAAAUCUGAAGGAAAUUUACGAAAAACAUGGUUUGCAGAAAAUACUCGUGAAAGUAAGGACUGAGAGGCGGAAAUAUUGCUGUAAAAAGUAGUAAAAACAUUUGUUAGAAAGGACUUUUAGGAUAAUUGUUGCACAAUUACGUUACUUCAAAACAAAGAAAUUCUAAAGCAGUUCGCUUUUUACAUAGCCACCUAUUUUUAUUUUUUUAUUUUUUUUCACGUUUGGAACGUUUGGACAGCGUUUCACGGACCGAUAAGUCUUGCCUCUUUCAUCUUGCAUGUUUUGUUUUUGAGAUUUGUAUGGAUUGUUUUUUGUUUUAACUUAGCUAAUGUCUUACACACACGAUGACCUUUACUUUUUUUGUAUUUUACUUUUUUCGUUUAAUAAAAUCAUUUGUUGA